AUGGAAUAUUUUUUAAAAAAAAAAAAAGAUGUUUUAAAAGUUGUAAAUUAUGAAAAUGAUUUAAGCAAAUAUAUAAAUAUUUAUAAAAAUUGCGAAAAUAGUAUAUAUAUUAUUUAUUUGAAUAUAUAUGAAGAAUUUAAGAAAAGUUUAGAAAAUACAUUAUUUUCUGAAAGUGAUAGAAAAAAUGAAAACCUGAGAGACAUAGAAAAAAAAAUAAAAUUAAUUAUCGAAAAGAAACAGAUAAAUGAUAAUAAAGAUGAUAAAUCUAUUAAAAGAAGUAUUGAUUUGCUAAUUUAUCCAUGUAUUUGUGAAAUAAAUAAAAAUGAAAGUUAUUAUACUUGUUCCUGCUGCUCUGGUAGAAUUGUUAUAUUUGGUGAAGUCUACGAAAACGAUAAAGAUUCUGAGAAAAAUUUUCCAAAUUCUUUUGUAAACAAAGAAUUAGAUAACUAUGAAAAUAUUAAAGAUACUUUAAAAAAAAAGGACAAAGAAAAAGUAUUUUUUAAAUAUUUUAAAAAAAGUUAUUCAAUAAAUAAAAAGGAAGAAAAAAAAAAUAUUUCUGAUUAUGAAAAUAUUGACAACUUAAAAAGAAAAACUGCAAAUAAUUAUCAAUCUCCGUUUCAUUGUAAAGAAAAAAAAUUACACAAAAAAAAUGUUCAUAUAUUUUAUACGAGUCAUUCUCAUCAAAACUUAAAAUACGAUAUAGAUGAUAUAAGAAAAAUUUUAAUAGAAGAAAAUUUUACAAUUAAUUACGAUUUCUUAAGUAAAAGGAAUAAUAGUUUCCUAAAAGAUAAUAAAAUAACUACACAUAAUGAAAUAAGGAAAAAGUUAAAAACAAAAAAUUACAACAUUAAUAGUUUUAGCGAUGAUAAUAAUGUAAAAAAAUACGUAAAAAAUAAAAAGGAAAGCAACAAAAUUUAUAUAAAAUUAGAGCCAUUUAUUAUUCAUAUUAAAUGUAUUGAUUUAUUAAGUGCAUUAAAAUUAUUAAAAAUAGCUCAAUGCUCUGGUUUGAAACAAAGUGGAAUUUUAAACUUUGGUAAAAAUAUAACUGUAGCAAUAAGGGGAUCUGCAAGAAUGGAACAUUUUUUGGGUAAUUCUAUUGACAUAAAAGAAUAUAAUUUAUCCAGAUUAAUCUAUAUAUGUAAUAAUAAAAUGACUAAAAAUUUAGUACAACUUAUACAUUUUUAUGAAUGUUUUAAAAAAUUUAAUACACAAAAUAAUUACAAUUUUAAUCUUAAUAAUGAAAUAUUCUAUUUAGAACAUGAGAAGAAGAAUAAAGAAGAUAAAAAAGAUGUUAUGUGCACAGGAAAAGAUAAAGGAACAUAUGGAUUUAAAAAUAACAAUGAAGAAUAUAAGAUAAAUGUAAAAAAAAAAAGAAAAAAAGAAAUAAAUUUAAAUAAAUAUAAUAUAAAAUUAUCUAAAGAUAAUUAUAUAAUAAAUAAUAAUUUAAAUAUGGAUCAAAAUAAGAUAUUACAAUGGAAAAUUCUUACCAGUACAUGUGAUAUUCAUAAUUUUUUUGCGUGGGGCCAUGAUAUGUUCAUAUUUAAAAAUAAAAUUUAUUUAUUUGGAGGUUUUUCAAAAGGUGUACGAAAUAAUAAAUUGAAAAUUUAUGAUAUAAUGAAUAAAGAAUUUUUAAUAUACGACACUGAAUUACCUUCUUUAGCUUUUCAUACCUUUUUAAAUUUAGAUGAUAAAUUUGCAUUUAUAUUUGGUGGGAGAAAAAAUCCAAAAAAUUGCACAAAUAAAUUAUGGAUAUAUAAUAUCAAAAAUAAUUCCUGGAUACUAGCAGAAAACUGGGACAACUUAAAUGAUCACAAUAAUAUAAAAUCUUUACAAAAUAACAAACUAGGUCAUACAAAUGGAGAUGGGAAAUUUUAUUCAUAUGAAGAGAAUGAUUUUAAUUUCGAAAGGAAUGCACCAUGUUCAAGGUACAGACACUCUUGUGUAUUUGUGAAAAGAUAUUUAAAAAAAAAAAACAAUAUAUAUAUAUUUUAUAUAUAUGGUGGUGUUAAUGAUAAAAAUGAAAUUUUAAAUGAUAUAUGGGAAGGUAAAAUAAUUAUAAAUGAAAAAAGAAAUGAAGCUUUUGUUAAAUGGAAUAAGAAAAAUUGCUCCAAUACAAAUAAAACUUUUGGUAUCAAAAAUCACACCAUGAUUUAUAAUAAAAAAAAAAAUUACAUUUUCAUUAUUGGUGGAUAUAAAAUGCUUAAAAAUGAAAAUGAACAAGAAAAUAUUUCAAUUAAGGAAAAUGAGUGUAAUGCACAUAUUAAUUUUUCAAAUAGAAUUAUAAAUUUAAAUGAUAGAAAUAUGAAGUAUUUAUAUACCUAUGAUAUAAAAAACGAUAAUUUUUUUUUUAUUAAAUGCAAAGGAGAUGAACAAUUUUCUUACCCUUUAGAUAGAUUUUCCCAUUCCACUUGCUUAAUAGAUCAUAGUUUCUUUUUUUUAAUAGGAGGAUUAGACAUUCAUAAAGCAUUAAAUGACAUUUGGCUAUUUCAUAUAAAAAAUUAUAAAUGGUAUUAUUUGGGAAAUUUUUCGUUUCAGAAUAUGUAUAUAAGGUCAAAAGUCGUUAGUGAAAAUAAUUUUGUCUAUGUUAUUGGUGGGGGAUGUACCAUUUUCACUUUUGGAAGUUUUUUCGAUUUACCUAUUUAUGCAGAUUGCACAAAAGUUAUAAACUUUUAUAAAAAUUGUAAUAAUUUUUUAGAGGAUUCAGAAGGUAAAGAAUUGUUUACAAAGAAAAAUGUAAAUAGUAGUGGGAAAUUGAUGAAUGCAAAUGAGGAUAAAAAGUUAUCUAUAGAAUAUAAAAAAAAUGAGUAUAAUAAAAAUAGUGAAAAUUAUUUAAACACUAAAGAAUCUAUUGUACAAAAAAAAGAAGAUUGUGCAUAUAUAAAAGAAAGUAGAAGUUUUAGUGAAGAAAAAAAAAGCAUAAGUUUUAUUAAAAAACCAAUUUCUUAUCAAAACAUUGGAAACAACUUUCAAGAAGAUGAAAUUGAUAAUAAAAGUAAGUUCAUGAAUUAUUAUUUUUUUCAAAAGGAUGGGAAAAAAAAAAAAAAUAAUAACACUAAAGUUCAUUCUAAUACAUCAUUAGAUCAUAAAAGCAUCAAAUCAUUAUAUAUUUUUGUAAAAAAUAAGAUAUUUGUUAAAGAAAUAAAAAUAUUUUUAGAAAGUAUAGGAAAUUUUGACAAUUCUCGAAAAAUUUAUUUCUCAAGAAAUUAUAUAAAUAAUAUAAUGGUUGAAGGUUAUUUUAUACCAGUUAAAAAGAAAUUUGAUAUAUAUGAAAAUUAUGAAUGUUUUAAAAGUGUUUCAGAUAAAAUUGAAGUAUGUGAGGACAGAGAAAUUUUUUACAUUGAAAAAAAUAUUGAAAAAAAUAGGGAAAAAAAUAGCUUUAAAAGUAAAUUAAGAAAUUUAUUUGAUAAUUUUGUAAAUAACAAUAUCAAAAAUUAUAUAAAUGAUUCGGAAAGACAGUUAAUAUUUAAAGCUUAUACAAAAUAUGAAAUAAUAGGAGAUAUUUUAAUAUUUCAUUACAUACACUUUGAAGCAAUAAUUAAGUUAUAUAAUAAAUAUAAAAAUUAUUUAAAAAAAGACAAACAAAAAAUUAAGAACAAUAAGUGCAAAAUAAGAAACAUGUUAUAUAGAUAUAAACUAAAAAAUAAAAGGUUAUCCCAUAUAUUAAAUAAAUAUAAAUAUAAACAUUUUAUAAAAGAAGUAGAACAUUUUUGGGUAUCCUUAAAAAACAUUUUUAAUUAUUCUGGAAGAAAAAGUGGAGAAUUAAAAAAAAGUAUAUAUCUAAAAAGAAAUAAUACUUUCAAAAAAUUGAUAAAUUUAUCAAGAAGAAAAGCAAAAAGAAUUAUUUUUUCUAAAAAAAGAGAACAAUUCAUGUUAAAAAAUUAUUUACAUAAAUAUUUUAUGAUAAAAGUGUGUUUACUUAAGAUGAAAAAUAAAGAAGAGAAGAAAAACAAAAUAAAUUCUAUUGCAAUAUAUAAAAAGGUUGAGGGAAAAUUAAGAAGAAAUAAAAUAUAUAUAGUAUGUGGAGACAAUUUAAAAACAGUGCACAUAGAAAAUAACGUUAUAUAUAAAUUAGAUUUAAGCAAAUGCAUGUUUUCUUCAGGAAAUGGUACUGAAAAGCAACGAAUAAAAAACAUUUAUUUAAGUGGCAAUAACUUUUUGCAAAAAGAAAAUGUUGUUGAUUUAUUUUGCGGUAUUGGGUAUUUUACUUUGCCUUUACUCAAAUUUAUAGGAGAUGAGAAAAUAAAUAAUUAUUUUGCAUGUGAUAUCAACCCAGAUUCUUUAAAAUUAUUAAAAGAGUCUAUCAAAUUAAAUAAAAUAAAAAAAAAAAACUUAUAUAUCAUAAAACAAAAUUCCUUUUCAAUUUCAAACAAUGUCAAUAUGAUACGAAAAUGUCAUAGGAUUAUUUUAGGUCUCUUGCCUGAAAGUUUAAAAGCAUGGAAUAAUGCAUUUAAUCUUUUAGAUAAUAAAAAUGGUGGUAUUUUACAUAUUCAUGGAAUAGGAAAAUAUUUUUUUAAUGAUAAUUUUUUAUCUAUAAUACGUACAUAUGAUUACAAAGAUAAAAUGAAAUUUCAGAAUUUACAUUUUGUUAAAAAUUUGACUAUAUCUGAGUUUAUGCAAAAUGACGAGAAUAAAAAAUGUAAUGAAAUGCACACCAAAACUGUACAAACAUAUUAUAAUAAUUACAAUAAAAAUAAAUUUAAAAAUUUAUAUUUGGGAAAUAAUAUUCCUGUUAAUUUAAAUUUUGCUCAAUUUACUUUAUUAGAAAUUUUUAAAAUAGCUUUAAAAGACUACAUUUUAAAUAGAACUAACUGGGUAAUAACUAUUUCAAAUGUUGAGAGAGUUAAAUCUUAUGCUCCAAAUAUAUACCAUUUUGUUGUUGAUAUUAAAUGUACUCCCGAAUUUAAGCACACUUUUUCAUAA